CCCCUCUCGCACGACGGUAACGUCCCCCAAGACACCCACCCACCCGCGCAAGCCGUCCACAACAGCGAUACCACAAUGCCCACGUCCAUAAAGCCAGACAACCAUCUUGGAGGCGCUCACAGCGCUCACAGCGCUCGCGGGCAGCUGUUGACGAUGGCCGGGCAACUUGAACACCCCGCAGCGAAUCGCUACGGUCUCUCGCAUCCUCCCCGGCACGAGGUUUCUCACGAAACGUCCAGAAGCCACACACAAGCCGGCCCUGCCGACGUGCGUCCAAGCGACACGCAGGCGAGUGCGUACCAUACCCCACAGACCUCUUCCUCGGACCACCCACCACUCGCGCAACGAAUUGCGUCUACCUUGAGACGGUCAAGCAGUGCCGUUCAUCUGCUACAGGACAAGCAAGCACCGCAGCCGGAGGAAGCGGAGACCAAGCCUCCGCAACCCUGGGUCACUGGCUCGACGCGACGCUCCUCGAGUUCCUCGAGCUCAUUCGAUAGACAGCCAUCCAUAGCAACAUCCCGCCCUUCGAACGUCUCGAGUCUCACAAGUCUCGCUCACUCACCAAGCUCACGCGAAUGGCACGAUCCUAAGUCGGAAUCCUCGCACCAAGGACACAGCUUGAAUAGCGCCGACACAUUCGAGAGCGAAGAGGUCGACCUUGACGAGCUGCGACGUAUCAUCAAGAAGAUGGAAGAACGCGAAACCAACUUCGUGAAGCGCAACGGGCGGAAGCUCCACAGACACCCUGCCAGCGCGGUGCCGUACCCGCGAAGCUAUGAUCGCGAAGUCGUGGACCACGACGUGUGGUGCUUGAUGUGGGCGCACCAGUUCUCCGGGAACGUGGCAUGGCAUCUAUACAAAACCGCGCCGCCAAAAGUGCUAGACUUGGGCUGCGGGACGGGGACUUGGAUUCUGGACGCAGCCAAGAAGUGGAAGGAUACUCACUUCGUCGGCCUUGACAUCGUUCCUCUCCAUCCGAACCUAGAGGAGAUAGAUCCAAUCCUGGCAUGGCGAGUGACAUGGGUGCAAGCCAAUUUCUUGGAACAACUACCUUUCGACGACGGUGAAUUCGAGUUCAUCCAUGUGCGUCGGAUUGCGCGAGGAAUUCCUGAGGAUAAGUGGGAUCAUGUGCUCGAGGAAAUAUCCCGCAUCCUGAAGCCUGGCGGGGCGUUCCAGAUCUCGGAGGAAGACUUGACUUUCCCCGGUAUUCGUCAGGAACUUCCCGUGAAGAGCGACGACCCAACUGCAACCGCAAACCCAGACGAGCCGUUCUCGGUGGGCUCUCCGCUCGCGCGGCCCCGUGCUCCUACACCCUCGUCAUCCAUGAUCAAUCACGACCAAGAUAUACCCACAUCCGCGAUACCCAAUAUAUCCCAGGGCAUGUCCUUCCAGUCGGACGCUGGCUCUUUCAUUUCGCCCCACGAUUCUUCGAACAAUCUACCCGAGGAGACUCCAAUAAAUCCGCAUGACCAUUCGCUGCUGGAGUUCAUCUACAACGAGAUGCAUGCUGCGAGGUUCAUAAAUCUCAUGCCGCUGUCAUUGCUCAGUAACAUGCUCCCUCUGUACUUCCAAGGGGUGCGUACACAUCCUCCGCUGAUGACCAUGUUCCCCCCUCCGCCCCACGAGUCCUGCAACCUCGGUACCGGCCCUCCGCCCCAGAACUCCACUGCUAAGAGCACACAGUCGGGACCUCAUCUUACAAAGAACUAUGUCAUUCGUUCACAGGAUGAGGCGCCGCCGUCCGAGUCCGACCCAGCAGACGACCUCAUGAGCUCCGAGACCAUCGCGACGCAAGUCGUGCGUCUCGACCUCGCGCAUCUGAAGCCAAGCCCAGACGGCAAAACGCCCUUCGUCGGCGUCCCACAGCUCAUAGCCGGCAGUGCCAAGUAUGUCAGCGUCGAUAUGGCGCGAUACGUCGCGUACGCGCCGCGCUCGCUUUUUCGGCCCAACCAGUUCCAGCAGAAGGAGCCGGUGCCUCCCUUGCCGAAAGGCGCGAAAGACAGUGACUCGCAGAAUGCAGCUGGUGGCGCGGGUGGAGGCGCGAAAGAGACCUCGGGCAAGGACCGCCUUCCCAUUACCGCGAUCAAGUUCGAUGCGCGGACGCUCAAUCUGCAUCUCAGCCUGAGGGUGCAGGAGGUACUCGCAUGCGCCGAGGCGAUGUGGGAGUUCGUCGAGUCGUACCAGGAGAGGGCGGGAUUGGACCCGCCGGAGAGGAAGGCGCCGUCGGUGGUAUCUUCGCUCACUGGGUCGGACCCUACGGGCGCAAAACCCCCGAGGCCAGUGAGGAAGACCACGAGGAAUCCUAAUUGGAGGGAGCUCCUGAGCUUGCGGCGCUCGGGCUUCGACGCGCUGCUAAUGCGGUUCAAGUUUGACAUGGAGGACUGCUUGGGCUUCAAUGCAGUGUUGGAAGAUCGUCUUGGUUGGAAGCCCGUGCCAGUCUCACGCAGCGAGGAACGCAUGGAGUUCGACGCCAUGUGCGAUGCAUGGGCUGAACAUCAAGACCUGCGAGCCAACAGCACUUCGUUCAGCAACGACGUCGCACCUCGGCUGAGCAUACCAUCGGUGCCGCGCUCCUCCAUAUCAAUGGACUCGUACGCCGCACGGAGUGACGAAGGGCAGGACACUCUACGAGGACCGAGGUCGGGCGCAUACUCCGCUCUGCAGACUGUGCGCGAGUCGGAGGACCUACCAAGGAUCUCGCAGGGCGAGUCGAUAUUCACCGGCAGGCCUCGCCGCCAACAUCCCAUCCCACCGCACGAACGCCUCAGUAGGACUAUCCGUCUCUUCGUCGCGUUCAAGCCGUCAUAAGGAUGGCCCGCCCCAUUCGGUCGAGACUGCAGGCCGCUGAUCCAUCGUCGGAACCGAAUGUCGUGCGCCAGGAUGGAGCCUAGUAGGCAA